GUCGCGCCAGUACAGUGUCGUGGAUGUGGUCGACUGCCACGGGGGGCGAGAAACGCGUAUUGAUCCCGUUGACUAUACUCUACGCUCUGCUUAGUUUGUUGGUCGAUGAAUGCAGCUGGUUGUGUGAAUUUUGCAGCUGAGCUAACGUCAUGACAUUAUCGUACGAUCGGCAGAUCCGUCGAAUCGAAUUCGGCGUCGCUGUUACUGCUGCGAUGGAUUUGGAUUAUCUUGCGGCGAUUUUCAGGAGAGGAUAAACGAGAGUGAAAGAGAGAGAGAGAGAGAGAGAGCUGCGGGUGGGAUGGACAUGGGGAAUCGGGCGACUGCGCUGCGAUGUCGAGUUUCAACAGUAGCAGCAGUAGCGGCAGGCAGGCGGGCGCCCUGGUCUGUACGCGGGAGAGCCGCUGCGAGUUGAGCUUCUGCGCCAUGCCGCUGCCCAGUAUUCUCAAGAAAGCCAGCAGCUUCAUCCUUGGCGAGAGCUGCCACGACUCUCUUCAUGCCAUGUAUCAAAACGGUGAAACGCUUUUCUGUAAAAACAAUGUGUGCGUGCAUCCGCCGACGUUGCUUCGCCAGCAGUGUGACGUGGUGCAUCACCCGGGAUACAUGACAGUCACUUGUAAGGUCGACAAAGUCUCGGGUGUGCCAACGCUUCAUCUAAGCUGGAUACCAAAUACCACACUGCGCAAGCAUCCAAACACAUUGGAGAACGCGGCGGUGAAACGACUGGAAACAGCUAAAGAGAACGAGCCACAACUUGAGGAACCAGGUAAAACUAAACCUGACGAAAAGAUAGACGUGUGUUUAGAAGCCAAAGAGCCUCCAAACUCGACGGAUUGUGAGCGUAUAUGCUCAGGGGGUGGUCGUCCAGAAACGCCGAUAGCGAGUCAACCAAGUAGUAAUGGUUUUGAGCAUAGCGAGCCCAAGAAAACUCCUCUGCCGCCAGCGUUCGUCAGGUCAGACUCGACUGAUUCAAGAACCGAGGACAAUGGUAACAAGGAUGACACAGCCAGCAUUAAGAGUCGUAGUAUGUCGCUGACUUCUAUGAGCAGCUUGUCCAUCAUUAUGUCCAAUGACGAAGAGAUCCCAACGUGGAUGCGAACGCCUGAACUGCUAGCUCUUCAGCACAAUCUGCAAUUCCCGGAAAGUGCAACCGCAUCGCCAGUAGCAGUACGCCGAGCGCAUCGCUGUCGUCGUUUCUGCGUAGAUCUCGGCCAAAUGCGAUCACUGAGGUUAUUCUUCUCCGAUCCCGAGUGCACAUCCGGCCAGUUGGUAGUCGCAAGUCGCGAGAGCCAAUAUAAGAUACUACAUUUUCAUCACGGUGGCCUCGAUCGACUUGCUGCCACUUUACACCAGUGGCACCAAAUACUCAAUCCUGGUUUCAGCAGUAUCGAUCGACCAAACGAGGAUGGAUUGCCUUACAGGCAUUUCAUGGUGUGCCGUCCAGAAGUGAGUCGAGACGAGUUGCAUCCCGAGGAAGGUCAAGUGCCAAUGAUUACGUCGCUCGCUUGGAGAGAUUUGCUAAACGAACGCGGCCAAGUCGAGGACGAUUUGACCCUGCGAAGAGGAAUCUUUUUCGGAGGUCUCGAACCGGCUCUCCGAAAAAUUGUCUGGCCAUUUCUACUUCACUGUUACUCGUAUCAAAGUACUUAUGACGAUCGAGAACAAAUUGACGCGAUUAGACGAGAGGAAUAUCAGGAGAUUAGAAAGCGUAGAGAUACGAUGGACCCCGAGGAGGCCGAGCAAUUCUGGAGGAACGUUGUGUGUAUUGUUGAGAAGGAUGUUGUUAGAACGGAUCGAGGGAAUCCUUAUUACGCAGGCGAAGACAAUCCAAAUAUUGAGAUCAUGAAAAAUAUCCUACUAAAUUACGCGGUGUACAACGCAAGGCUAGGCUAUACUCAAGGCAUGUCAGAUCUGCUGUCUCCGCUGUUAGCUGAAUUAAACGACGAAGAAGCGUCUUUUUGGUGCUUUGCUGGGUUGAUGCAACGUUCGGUUGCCGUUUGCACUCCGACUGACGUUGAUAUGGAUCGCAACCUCUGUUCUCUUCGAGAGUUGCUUAGAAUCAUGGUGCCAGAUUUUUACGCUCAUUUGGAAAAGCACACCGAUGCUCUUGAGCUGCUUUUCUGCCAUCGAUGGAUACUCUUGUGCUUGAAGCGAGAAUUCCCGAUGGAAGUGGCGUUAAUGAUGUGGGAAGCCUGCUGGGUAAAUUAUCUGACGGAUCAUUUCCACUUAUUUCUCUGCCUGGCCAUAAUGUGCGUCUACGCGGACGACGUGAUCGCCCAGGAUCUUCGUACCGACGAGAUGUUGCUGCAUUUUAGUUCGCUGGCCAUGUACAUGGACGGCAUUUUAAUCUUGAGGAAAGCACGCGGCUUGUUACACCAGUUCCGCCAACUCGACCGGCUACCUUGCACCCUCGCCGGUUUGUGCAAACAAUGCGGGCCUGGUAUGUGGGACAGCACGCAUGACCCCGUUAUCGAGUGCGUUGGCCAUGGACAAGACGAGAAGUGUUCCCAUGCGGAAAAUUACUCGCGAUCCAGAGAUCUCGAGUAAAACGUAGUGUCGGACUUUCUGUUAUGUAAUGUCGCUCAAGCUUUUGUUUUUAUUUAUUUAUUUAUUUAUUUUUUUUUUGAUGAGUCGAUUGAUUUAAUAUUAUGUCGAAGAAUAAUUUUUCCUAAUGAAACUUCUUGAACUGAAAGAAAUCAUAGAAAUUACCAUUUUAUUGCUAAGUUGUUGAUAGCAUAUCAAUGACGAAGUUGCUUGGAAAGUGUGCCAAGCGAGGAAAAAGUGUUGAACAAAUAUUUAUAUCACAUGUAAUUGUAAAAUGUGUAAUGUUUAAUUGGAUGGAGUUUUUAGAAAAUGUGAAUCAAUGUCUUUGUUGAAUUAAUUUCAGUGGAAUCGAUUCUGAAUGUGAUGUGCAUUUUGUGGACUUUAAAAAUGUAUUGAUAAUAUUUGUUAUAACGAGUUGUUGAAUUUUAUCAAACUUUAUUAACAAAUUUUUAACGAACGUUGUCGUCGUGAGACGACAAAAGAUAUUUUUGAAAAUAAAUAUACUAUUUGCACUAAAUAAGUCGAUGUUGAAUUAUUUAAAAGUGAUAAUAAUGAUUGAUGUAGACGAAAUAAAUUUGAAGUGAUCAUUCAAUUUGAUUAACACAACUGUUAGAAUUUAAGAUUAUAAAGGAAAACAAGAGACAACUGCAAUAAAAGUGGUAAUUUCUUUGAUGAGUUUUAAUUUACAGCAUCUAAAUUGUGUUUUAAGGGUACAUCAAAACUAAAACUUGAACUUUGUUGACAUAACCAUAAGUUGACAGUUUCGUUAUGAUCAUCCAAAGAGUAUCAUUAAAUUAAAACAUUGUUCUUAGUGGCCAAGAAGUUUUUAAGGAAUGGCACUAACAGCUCUACAAAGUGUUUCUUAUGCGUUCACAAAAUCACGAUUUUUAUACAUACGCUACAAAUCUGACGCACUAUCUCUUAUGCAAUUUAAUAAGCACUUCGAUUGCCUAAGAAAGCACAUUGACACUUCUAUCUCCCACAUCUGAGUGUGAUUUGUUUCAAACAAUAAGCGCGUGAAUCAAGUAAUUAUAUAUACUUUCAUGUAAAUACAUUUAUGUUAAUAUUUUGGAAAAAUAUAAAUGUUGACAGAAACCUAUCAAAACUAUUUUUAAUCGUGACCUAUUAUUAGUUUUCAUAAAGUUAUUAUUAAAUUAUAUAUUUGAUUGGACAACUAAUCAACAAUAUUUCAAUAAAUUUGACGAUACUAUCAAUAAAUAAAAAUAAUUACCUAUAAAUCUAUUGAAGUAUCAUUUUAGAUAUCUGAUCAAGUUGUAAUUAAAAGCAUGACUUUAAAUUAUUACAUGCGAAAAUAAAUUGAGAAAUUUAAAGUAAUUAUAAGAAUUUUCAGAUAAAAAUAAGACUGAUAUCAAAAUACCAUAAUCACGAUAAAGAUUCCAGAAUAAUUGUAUUAAAUGUUAAAAUCAUAAAAUAUCUUUAAUGUAAAUCGAGUUGAGAAAAAGAAAACCCUUUUUAUCGAUAAUAUUAUUUAUAACCAUUUCUUAAUAAUGAAGAUAUUGAAUAGUAAUUUAUCGUAUUCACAAUAACUGUAGGUUCGGCAAAAUCGUGAAAUGAUCAUCGAUUAUAUUUUAUACUACAUACAUCAUAUCAUCACACUUGACUUUACUAUAAAACAGUAAACUUAAACACAUGAGAAGCUAUUUUACCAAUCUAUAAAUUUAACAACCGUAUAAAAAGUAUCCAACUGCUAUGUAGAAACAAGUAACAAUUCAAUCUUCAUAAAGUUAUAUUAUCAUACACCGUGGUACGCGUAACUAAUGAUUCGAGAAAAAUAUAUAGACUUCGAAAUAUGACUGAAGUGCCAAUUCCGUUUUAGGGAUAAAAUAAAUUAUGUAUAAUCUUUUCGAUACAUCACUAUACGAUAAAGCUAUAUACACAUGUACAGAAAAUUCAAGUGUGAUGAUAUAUAUCUCAAGCACUAGGUUAACUUUUUUAUGUCAAUGUGGUCAAUUUAGAAACUUUCAAUUUAUUCCAAUGUUCAACCAAUUUCACAUAUGGCAUAUAAAUACUCGAGCUGAGAAAUCUUGUCUCCAUCUAGAUAGAAUUCUAAAGAAAACAUUUUUCUCAUUAUCAAAUUAUUCAAUUACGUAUUCAAAUUCAAUAGCUACUACUAUAAUGAAUGCUUACUUACCAUGAUAAAAUAUUUGUGUUAUGAUAAGUGAUAAUGUGAUUAUUAUUAUCCGUAAGUUAUUUUCAUGAAGAAAAAAUUGUUUUUCAUGACUAGCAUUCACAAACCACUUUUCUUUUAAUUAAUUUUUUGAUUGUGUAACAUUGAAACAAAAAAAGUCUACGAUUAAAAUACUUUCUAUUGAUAUGAAAAAAAUUAUAUCGAGGGUAAUUUUUAUUUACAUUUUAACGGGUAUUGAAAAGAAAAAUUUACUUAUUAAUUUCAAUAAAAUUUGAAAUGUCGCUCCAAGAAGAAAAUAUCAGUUAUUGACCCAUUCAUAGUUAACUCAGAUUGUUAAUGAAGAAAAGUAUAUUCGUGUUGAAGAUUGUCAUAGCUUUCGAGUCGUCAUAAAUCCCAUCCUGCAAAAAUUACUUUGUAAAAUAUAAAUACAUGUAAAAUACACACAUUUGAAAUUUCGCUGAUAGUAUCUUGUUACUUAUGAACAUCCCGUCAUUACCCAUUUUUUCCAAGGUCUAAAGCACAUGCCAAAAAACUAAAGAUAAACCAUUUUUA